AUGCCAGAGAAAGUACACACGCGAUUCGACGAUUCAGACGACGACAGGCCCGUCGACAAGAAGGAAUCGCAAAAACAGCACAUAUCCACCCCCACACACGAGUCUCUGAAGAAUAGCAAGCCGAAGAAUAAAAAAAGGAAAAGGGAUGUAGAGGAACCCCAAAAGCCAAUACCAGCACUUGCAAAGAACGGUGUCGAAAAACCUCAAGAUGACGCGGUUUCCAAGCCUCCAGAUGAGCGGAACAGAAAAUUGAAGGAUGGACGAAAAGAGCAUUUCCGAGCACAAUUGAAUCAUAAUAAUCAUCAUCAGGCAUCACUUCCAUCGCUACGGGAAAAAGCAAAACUGCUGUAUAAUACCCGCAAAACACUGCCGAUUUUCGCCCACGCAGACGAGAUUCGGCAGCGUCUGAGAGCGAGCGAUGUGAUGCUUCUUGUUGGCGAGACGGGAAGUGGAAAGAGUACACAGGUCCCGCAGUUCCUCAUCGACGAGGCGUUCUGUCAGAUAAAAAAGACGGCGAUAGCGCAGCCGGAUAGGUUGAAGAAGGAUGUCAAGGUUGGCGGGUGCAUCGCCAUCACGCAGCCCCGACGAGUCGCAGCGAUAUCCCUGGCAAGACGGGUAGCAGAGGAAAUGGGUACGCCGCUGGGCAAGGCAUCCCCGGCGAGUAAAGUUGGCUAUGCGGUGCGGUUCGACACGUCGGUGUCGCCGAGUACACGUGUGAAGUUUUUGACGGAUGGGAUGCUGCUUCAGGAAAUGCUGCAUGAUCCGUGGUUGACGAGGUAUAGUGUUGUGGUUGUCGACGAAGUGCAUGAAAGAGGGGUCAAUGUGGAUUUGGUGCUGGGCUUUUUAAGGAAGAUUCUCGCGAGUAAGAAUGAGGGGAGGGGAGGCGUGCCGUUGAAAGUGGUUGCUAUGAGUGCUACUGCGGAUAUGGAGAGUCUGCAGGGGUUCUUUGGUGAGGGUGAAGAAUUGACAGAGGCAAAAACGGGUAGUACAGAUGGCGUACCUGAGAACCAGAUUUCUGUCUGUCAUAUCAAAGGACGCCAGUAUCCUGUUCAGACGAUAUAUUCCCCGGAGCCGGUUCAUGAUUUUGUAGACGCCGCCCUCAAGGCCAUUUUCGCCAUUCACGUCAAAGAACCUAUGCCAGGAGACAUUCUUGUGUUCCUCACGGGGCAAGAAACGGUGGAGAAUCUCGAAUAUCUUGUCAACGAGUAUGCCGUCGGUAUCGACCCAUCACUACCGAAAAUCCUUGUGCUACCCUUGUUUGCUGCACUCCCUCAGGCAGCCCAGCAACGAGUCUUUGCGCCAGCGCCACCAAGAACAAGAAAAAUCAUCCUUGCUACUAAUAUCGCCGAAACGUCCGUCACUGUGUCUGGAGUUCGGUUUGUGGUGGAUUGCGGGAAAGCAAAAAUGAAACAGUUCCGCUCACGACUCGGUCUGGAUUCGCUGCUGGUGAAGCCAAUAUCAAAAUCAGCCGCGAUCCAACGAAAGGGACGAGCUGGGCGAGAAGCGCCGGGGAAAUGCUACCGUCUGUACACCGAGAAGGAUUACUUGGCUCUGGAUGAGACCAAUACCCCUGAAAUCUUGCGUUGCGAUUUAAGCCAGAGUCUUCUGACUAUGAAAGCCCGUGGGGUUGAUGAUAUCAUGAACUUCCCAUUUCUAACACGACCGCCAAGGGAAGCGUUAGAACAAGCUCUGUUACAAUUAUUCAAUAUUGAGGCAUUGGAUGAGACUGGAAAAAUUAGUGACACUGGCCUGCAUAUUGCGAAGCUCCCUCUUACUCCUCAUUUGGGAAGAGUGCUUUUGGCUGCAGCAGAACACGGUCAGGGUUGUCUAAUGGAUGUGAUCGAUAUCAUCUCAUGCCUAAGCGUGGAGAACAUAUUCCUAAACACCAACUCAGAGGAGAAAAAGGAAGAAGCCGAGGUCGCCCGACGCGACCUGUAUCGACGCGAAGGCGACCAUCUCACCAUGCUAGCCACAGUACAAGGCUACGCUGCCGAAAACGCCGACCGAAAGAUGUGGGCAGAGCGGCAUAUGGUAUCGCACCGAGCCAUGCAAUCCGUCAUGGAUGUCCGCAAGCAACUCACAGCCCAAUGCAAAACAGCCAAACUCCUCCUGGACUCUAACGACCCCCGUCCCCCGUGCGACGCCAUAUCCGCAGUCCCUGUACUGAAAAGCUUCCUAACGGGCUUCGCGACCAACACCGCUCGUCUGGUGCCAGAUGGGUCGUAUAGAACGAUUGUCGGCAAUCAGACCGUCGCUAUUCAUCCCUCGAGUGUUUUGUUUGGGAAGAGGGUUGAGGCGAUUAUGUAUAAUGAGUUUGUGUUUACGAAUCGUAGUUAUGCGCGCGGCGUUAGUGCGGUGCAGAUGGAUUGGGUUGGGGAGGUGUUGGCGAGGUGA